UUCUGUUUCCUGGGCCGAAUUCAACUAGUCACCAGAAAUUGUGCAGAUCCUCUCCCUCAGCGCAUCACCUCGGUGUUGCUGGUCUGAAACUUUUAAGAUGUCUGAGACGCCUGCUGAACCAAAGCUCCCAGUGGUCGUGGAGGCCCACCAGGUCGAUACCUUCGACGUUCCAGGAGUAUUCUAUGAGAACCACCCCCAUGAACCACACCUGAGUGGCAUGAAUGAAUAUAACCAGCUCUACCAACAAUCUAUCAAUGAUCCUGACACCUUCUGGGCGCGCAUGGCGCGCGAUCUUAUUACUUUCGAAAAGGAUUUCGACAAGACUCACAUUGGGACCCUCGAAGGCGGGGAUAAUGCCUGGUUUGUCGGUGGUCGAUUAAAUGCGUCCUUCAACUGCGUUGAUCGCCAUGCAAUGCGUGACCCGAACAAGGUUGCAAUCAUCUAUGAAGCCGAUGAGCCUGGCCACGGCCGCAGUAUUACCUAUGCAGAAUUGUUGAAGGAAGUCUCCAGACUGGCCUGGGUGAUGAAGAGCCAAGGUGUUAGGAAAGGCGAUACCGUCGCGAUUUAUCUUCCUAUGAUCCCUGAGGCCAUCUUCGCGCUUCUUGCCUGUGCGCGUAUUGGCGCCAUUCAUUCUGUGGUCUUUGCGGGCUUCUCUUCCGAUUCCCUGCGUGAUCGUACCCUGGAUGCCCGGUCAAAAUUCAUUAUCACAACCGAUGAGGGAAAGCGUGGUGGAAAAGUCAUUGGGACUAAGAAAAUUGUUGAUGAAGCUUUAAAACAAUGCCCAGAUGUUACCAAUUGCCUUGUUUUCAAGAGAACUGGGGCCGACGUGCCUUGGACCAAAGGCCGUGACCUGUGGUGGCAUGAAGAGGUUGAUAAAUAUCCAAAUUAUCUGCCUGCUGAGUCAAUGGACUCUGAAGACCCGCUUUUCCUUCUCUACACAUCUGGCUCCACCGGGAAACCAAAGGGUGUUAUGCACACAACUGCUGGCUACCUUGUUGGAGCAGCUGCAACUGGAAAAUAUGUCUUUGAUAUUCACCCAGCUGACCGUUUUUUUUGCGGUGGUGAUGUUGGAUGGAUUACUGGACAUACUUAUGUUGUCUAUGCUCCAUUGCUUUUGGGGUGCACUACUGUGGUGUUUGAAAGCACACCAGCGUAUCCCAAUUUCUCGCGAUACUGGGAUGUUAUUGAGAAGCACAAGGUCACCCAGUUUUAUGUAGCACCUACGGCUUUGCGCCUGUUGAAACGUGCAGGUGACCACCACAUAAAUCAUGAAAUGAAGGAUUUACGUAUUCUGGGCUCUGUUGGUGAACCAAUCGCUGCAGAGGUUUGGAAGUGGUACCAUGAGGUUGUUGGGAAAAGACAAGCCCAUAUUGUUGAUACAUACUGGCAAACCGAGACCGGCUCCCAUGUUAUCACCCCCUUGGGUGGUAUUACUCCAACUAAACCAGGAAGUGCUUCGCUUCCAUUCUUUGGUAUUGACCCUGUCAUUCUGGAUCCAGUUACAGGUGCAGAGAUUCCGGGAAAUGAUGUGGAGGGAAUCCUUGCUUUCAGAAAGCCAUGGCCAAGCAUGGCUCGCACUGUAUGGGGCGAUCAUAAACGAUACAUGGACACCUAUCUCAAUGUUUAUAAAGGCUUUUAUUUCACUGGUGAUGGCGCUGGACGUGAUCAUGAAGGCUAUUACUGGAUUAGAGGUCGUGUGGAUGAUGUUGUGAACGUCUCUGGCCACCGCCUUUCAACUGCAGAGAUCGAAGCAGCACUUAUCGAACACCACUGUGUUGCAGAAGCCGCGGUUGUUGGAGUUCCUGAUCCGCUAACUGGACAAGCUGUGCAUGCAUUUGUGGCCCUGAAGAGUGGAAAUGACAAUAGAGAACAGCUCCAAAAGGAGUUGAUUAUGCAAGUCCGCAAAUCGAUUGGACCAUUUGCUGCCCCGAAGGUUGUGUUUGUGAUCGAUGACCUUCCGAAAACACGUAGCGGGAAGAUCAUGAGACGCAUCUUGCGAAAGAUUCUGAGCGGUGAGGAGGACAGUCUUGGUGACAUUUCAACGCUCUCGGAUCCUAGCGUCGUGAAUAAAAUCAUCGACACUUUCCACGAAUGGAAAAAAGCUAUGGCAGCUGCCGCCGCCGCUGCUGCUGCUGUGUCAGCAACCGCGCCACCAAACAGCACAACCGGUUAAAUUUCCAAAGAGGAAUAUAGGUAACGGGCGCAACGGCGGUUCUGGGAGGCUUUGUUACCUGGAUUUUGGUCUCCCCUCGUGAAAUAGAAUCAGCUGUUUUAUGUGGCGGUUUUAGCGGAGCUUUGCUCGAGGAUUUGCGCUGAUACCACUAUGUAUGUCUUGUUGUCACUUUACUUCCCGGAGUAUAACGACUGCCGGUUCCAAUGCGUUUUAUAUGUAUGAUUUACGGAUGGGUUUAUGUUAUAUCAGCCGAUCGAUGUUAUGACCUGGGGUCGGUUAUGAAUGCUAUCAACGACCAGUCUUUUCUGUUGUGCUUGAAUUGUAAAUUAACUAGAUUUUUAUCG